AUGUCGUCAUAUCUUUGCAGGAUUUACUUUCGCUUCACCAAGCAACAAAUCUAUACAUUGAUUGCCCAACUUAAAAUAACCAAAGAAGUGUGCAAAGAGCUCGGCGUCAGAUCUUCUCCUUUGCAGGCAUUCUUAUGCCUAUUAGCUCGACUCGCGGCACCAUGUAGACCAGCUAAUAUCAAUAUCCUCCUUGGUAUUGAUAUCGACGGAAUUAGAAAUGAUGCUAUAAAGCUUUCCAAAUAUUUGUUUCGUCAAUUUGGAUACCUCCUGAAAGUAGGGCAUUAUCUGGUGUCCAAGCAAAGAAUCCAAGACGUCUUGAAAGUAUCCAGAGACAGUCAACCAUACAUCCGUACAUUAUAUGGGUUCGUAGAUGAAACCUUAUUGCUUACCGGUGUUCCAAAGAAUAACCCCACCGUUAAUUAUGAAAAAUCCACAGGCCUCAAGUACCAAGUGUUGGCUGACAUGAAAGGCUUUGUCCUUUCCCUAGAAGGCCCAGCCAGUGGUAAUACUUUAGUUUUACCUGGUGUCCAAAAUUGCUGA